AUGCACCGAUGGACGAUCCUGCUGCUUGCCGCCGGACUGCGCGAGUGCCGCCCCGACGACAGCAACGGCGGCCUCAAGCGGCUGGUCGUGCGCGAAACGGUCGGCAACCACUUCUCGGAGGUGAUCGUGAACGCGCUCACCCGGUACUACGUGCAGAACCACUCCUCCACGCAGGUGAUGCGGCUGUCCACCGUGAGCGACGGCACGUACGACCUGCAGUCCGACAUUAUGGACGAGGUGAUGCAGCGGACGUCGCGCAGCAUCGCGUACGAGUUCCGGUCGGCGCUGGGGCCGUCGCGGCGGCCUCGCAUCUUCAACAUCGCCUUCAUCGACGGGUACGGUGCGUUCGAGCAGCUGUUCCGGUCGCUCGAUCCGGCCGAGAACGACUUCGCCGGCUACUAUCUGAUCGUGCUGACGGCGUACGGGCGCCGCAUCGCGUCCGAUACGCUCGCGCGCAUCUUCGCCCUGCUGUGGACGAUGAACGUGAUCAACGUGAACAUCGUGUCGGCCGACCUGGAGGACCAGAGCCGGUGGCAGAGCGUCCUGAUGCACACCUACUACCCGUACCGGGCGGGCGGCAACUGCGAGCGGAUCGUGCCCCAUCUGCUGCACCGGUUCCGCAAGGGCCAGCGGUUGGACCGGUCGGUCGAGCUGUUCCCGAGCAAGCUGUCCAAUCUGCACGGCUGCCCGGUGACGGUCGGGACGUUCCAUUUGCCGCCGUACAUGCUGCUGUCACCGGCCGGCAGCUACGGGGGCCUCGAGGGGGAUCUGCUGCGUGCGCUUAGCCGGAAGCUGAACUUUACCGUGCGGCUGGUGGUGCCGGAUGACGGUGAGCUGUGGGGACGGACGCCACCACCGUCGGUGGAUGUCGCUGGCGCGAACCGUACCGGAGGUGGUGCGUCCUCGGCUUCCGGCUGCGUGCGGCUGGUGCUGACCGAGCGGGUCAAUCUCACGCUCGGUCGGUUCGCCAUUCGGGGCGAUCGGAAUCUCGUGAUGAAGAGCAGCCGCAGCUACUACACGGUGCGGAUGGUGUUUGCUGUGCCGGCUGGGCGGGAGUACACCCCGUUCGAGAAGCUGUUCCGCCCGUUCAGCCGGUCCGUCUGGGUGCUGGUGACGCUCUAUCUGCUGGCCGGGAUGGUCGUGAUCGGCACCGUUCUGCUGCUGCACCGGCCGGCCGUGCGCGACUUUGUGUACGGGCGCGGUGUGUCCACGCCGGUGCUCAAUCUGCUCGGCGUGCUGUUUGGCGGUGCGGUGGUCCAGCUGCCGAUGCGCAACUUCGCCCGCACGCUGCUCUUCCUGUGGAUGUACUACUGUCUGGUGGUGCGCACCUGCUACCAGGGCUCGCUGUACGAGUAUUUGCAGGAGCGCAAAAACUUCAGCCCGCUGCAGACGGUCGAUGCGCUGGUGCGGAACGACUAUCGCUUCUACUCGCUGCACGGCACCUCGCUCUAUCUGGAACGGAUGCCUCAGAUACUGUCGCGGUUGGUAGCUCCUACACAGAAUGCGAAAAAGGAAAGACGGUAUCAUUGAACACUGUGCAAUUCAUCUGCUGUUACUUCCUUGUUUUUGUUGUAGCAUCACCUGGCUACCGGACGAUGACGCGUCGGUCGAUCGGUUACUGACCGAGCUAGCCACUCGGCAGGCUCGCACCAGCGCCCUCUUUAUCGACCUGGAGCGCGUAGCCUACCACAACCGGUUUUACGUGCGCGGCGGG